AACAGUCAGAUCACUUGUCCUCUGGUGGAAGCGUGAUUGCCUCACGAGUCAGGCACUCUCACCAGCAGCACCCACUCUCCUGACUCUCAUCAUCAGCUCGACCUGGCAUCAUGAGUGGCAUCAUGAGUGUUCACAUCAAGGUUGUUCUUCUGCUCAGUGCCAUCGCUUGGCACACCUGUAAAGGAGGCCGGGGGGACGACGGUGCGAUUGACUGCUGUCUCGAUGUCAGUCACAUAAAAAUUCCCAGGGCCAUUGUGAAAGCUUGCCAGGUGCAGCACACUGCAAUGGGAUGCCGUAUCUCAGCUGUGAUAUUCACCACGGUGAGGAACAGGAAACUGUGCGCUCCACAGGGCCCCCGAUGGGUCAACAGAAUACUCAAGAAAUGUGAAAGGCACAACACGUUGCUUGUGUAAUGAUCUCAAUGGUGGACAAUCAAGGUCAAAGUGAAAGACUGUGGAAGUAUUGUGACUCCUGACCAGGACUCUCCAUAGUCUGCAGCAUCUUUCAGCUUUCUCCUGUUUUACUUAGUGACAGACUCUAUCAGGCGAUCCCAGAUUAAUGUGAAACUGUUUCCAAGUGGCAAACCUACCCCUGAGCCACUUGUAAUUGUAGAUUCAAUCCUGUUGUCAGGGGAUGUGCAUCACCUCGUCAUUAUUACAUUCUGCAACACUCCCUUCAACCCGUUAGAGGUCACAGGAAUCUAGCGCUGAAAUCAGUGCCAUUAAGGGACAGUGUAGAUGGAAUGUUACUUUCAUUCUAACUCUUGUGUUCCUCUUUUGAAAUUUCCACCUGUCACCCGUAAUUUCUGAGUGCGAAUGGCCAUUUCAUAUUAUAUUCACUCAAAAUGAUGGUGACGUUGGCUGGGCCAGCAUUUAUUGCCUCAUCCCUAAUUGCUCUUUGAGACAGUGGGGGUGAGCUGAGCUGAACUCAUCCCCAGUGUUGCACUGACUCAUGGUGAAGUGAGCUGCUUCGAAAAGCCGCUGGUGGAGUCUGUGGCUCCCAAUGGGACUGGGGUUUACAGAGUGACACUGAGAUGAUCCUUGGGGUACAUGUGCUUCAAAGAGUGGGGCAUCUUUUCGCUGAGGAUGUGCAAUAAGAGGAAGUGUGAACCAAUCUUGUUAAAAGACUCUUUAGCAAUGAGGAAAUCAGGAUUCUAUUCGGAGGGGCAGGAGGUGGAAUCAGUACUCAAGACAAAAGUGCGUGGGGAUAGCAAGCAGGACCCUUCCAACUCCAUGGUAUCGAUGUGGAUUUCACCAGUUUCCCCAUUUCCCCUCCCCCCACCUCAUCCUAGAUCCAACCUUCCAACUCAGCAACGC